UGUCACUGACCGUUCACAUAAGGCUGUUGGACUUCAGUAGAGCACUUCUAGAAAAACAGAAGAUAACAAAGCUGUAUACUUCAUGAGAUCAUGACAAAAUUAAAUAAGCAUACUUAUAUUUGCCUGUGCAUACUAAUAACACUUAGUCCAGUGCAUCCGAAUGACCGCCAUCAAGCAACUGAUAAAGACGACUUGUGCAGUGAAUGUACCUGGAGACAGAAUAGCAAGCCUUCAAGGUUAGAGGCUAUAAAAUUGCAGAUCCUUAGCAAACUUCGAAUGGAGAAGCCACCUGAUAUCAGCAAGGAAGCUAUAAAGCAAAUUUUGCCAAGAGCUCCACCAUUACAAGAUUUAAUAGAUAGGUAUGAUGUCCAAAGAGACGAAAGUAGCGACGGGUCUCUUGAAGAUGAUGAUUACCAUGCCACGACUGAAACUGUUAUCAUCAUGCCUACAGAGCCUGAUUUUCUUAUUGAAAUGACAGAGAAACCAAAAUGCUGCUAUUUCAAAUUUAGCUCCAAAAUUCAAAUAAAUAAAAUAGCGAAGGCACAACUCUGGGUGCAUCUUAAACCUGUCCAGAAACCUACAACAGUUGUUGUACAGAUCUUGAGACUUAUUAAGCCUUUGAAAGAUGGUACAAGACACACAGGAAUCCGAGCUCUAAAACUUGAAAUGAAUCCAGGUUCUGGAACUUGGCAGAGCAUUGAUGUGAAAACUGUGCUGCAAAACUGGCUGAGGCAACCUGAAUCUAAUCUAGGCAUUGAAAUCAAAGCAACUGAUGGAAAUGGACAGGAUUUUGCAGUAACCCACAAUGAAGAUGGAUUGAUUCCGUUCAUGGAAAUCAAGAUAACAGACACACCAAAAAGAUACAAAAGAGACUCCUGCCUUGAUUGCGAUGAGUUCUCAACUGAAACAAUGUGCUGUCGUUACCCAUUAACUGUAGAUUUCGAAGCUAUUGGAUGGGAUUGGGUUAUUGCCCCCAAAAAAUAUAAAGCCAACUACUGCUCAGGAGAAUGUCAACUUCAGUUUCUGCAAAAGCUCCCCCACACCCACGUUGUUCAACAAGCUAACCCUAAAGGCACUUUUGGUCCAUGUUGUUCCCCAACUAAAAUGUCUUCUAUUAACAUGCUAUAUUUCAAUGAUGAAUCAGAAGUUAUACAAGGAAAUAUUCCUGGCAUGGUGGUAGAUCGCUGUGGGUGUGUAUAACCCAUUCUCUGUCAUAUCAAUUUCUGUAUUCAGUGCAACUGUUUAAAAGGUCAAAC